AUGGUCUCUCUCCUCCAUACCCAGCACGGCAUUUCCAACGAAAACCUCCAGACCAUCAUUGCUACAACCACUGCUCAUCCCACUCCAAAAGCAGAUGACCUUCGCAAUUCGAAGGCGAAAUUCCUCGACAUCGACGGGGACGGUGACCGGAGGAUCUCGUUCGAAGAAGCACUAGACUACCUGGAGACGAAGGCUUCGUUGAACAGGACCUUGCUGCAGCAGUCGACGGACUGGUGGUCUGCGAUGGACACCAACGGAGAUGGAUUGUUGAAACCGGCCGAAUUGGAUUGGAGCCUAGGACCAGAAGACGUUCACCCCCGUCGCUUUCUUGUUGAACCCACGCAGAGGCUCUCCAAGGAGUUCACAUUAUUGAGUGGAGAGCAUGAAUCCGUCGGAGGCAUUCUUUGGCGCACUUCCUUCGCGUCUUUUGUGGGGAUCGUGGCCCAGAUGUACUCCUCGAAUCAGGCUUACAGCCGCAGUUGA